AUGACUUUCAAAUCCAUCCUCCUCGUCUCCCUGACGGUUCUAUUCUCGGGCGCUCUUACCCUUCCUAACUCCCUCGACCCGCUUCAGCAGACGCUGCUCGACCAGGACCCUCCUCCCUGUGGCGCAUCAUCCCCCGAGCCGCAGAUGCAGCAGGGUGAUACCCCAAUCUCGGGCCGAUCGUGGACAGCACGCUGGGGCGCCUGGGCGCAGCCGUGGCAAUUGCUGGCCUUUAAAGAAGGCAGCAUGCAGCGGCGGUUCCAGGUGUGUCGCAACACAGACUGCGAGUUUCGAGGCCCUGUAAAGGAGGACGACGGCUUCUACCUCAAGGACCUGAACGGCUCGCCGAAUUCGCAGCGCCAUCCCGCCUUCUUGGCCUUCUUGGAUCUCGGGGCGCAGAGCCAGCUCUGGCCCUACGCCAAUGACAACCUGGGCCGGCUGGCAGUCUUCAAGGGCUCGCCCACAGGGAAUGCGGUCAGGCUCCGCCUGAAGGAGAGCGCCCACGGAUUCAACGGGCUGCAUGUCAACUCGAAUGGUUGGCCUGGGCAUAGCUAUGUUUUCACCGAUCAGCAGCACAAUGGCCUGGCCUUGAGGUUUAAGCCUGCUUCUUGUUGA